AUGGCGUUUCUGUUGCCGAUAUUUUCCGAUUUCGAUGACGCUUUUCAAUCGGGCGAUCCACUUGCUGAGCUGUUGAAUCGCCUAACUAUAUACAUCAGUUUUUGCGGCAUACUCACCACAUGGUGGAUUAAUUGGACCGGACGUCAACGAUUGCAGCGGCUCUUCAACGAGUUUCUUAAUAUCGAAAUCGAUUAUUUCCAUCGUUAUAAACACUUGAGCGAUGAAUGUGCGACUUUCGAUUACUGUGUGAUGUGGAAGGUUUUCGCGACAUUUUUACAAAACAUGUCAUUCUUCUAUAGCACCGCGCUGGCUGAUAAUCCCGCCGCCUUAUUCAUUACGUUCAUGUGCUUAACGGUAUUGCUGACGAAUGUAAUUUUCCUCGUACAGUCGCACUUCUUUCUGGCGGUAUUAUUUACUUAUCGUUUUAUUUGGGUAUUGAAUCGGCGUUUGGAGUGUAUAAUCGACAACGAAGUGACGCCACGUCAGCAUCGAGGACUGAGCAUAGAAAUCGAUAACAUUGCAGACAUCUACACACGCUUGAUAAGUCUCUGCGAGCGCUACACACGCAUACAUCAAUACCAGCUGUUGCUGGUGAUCGGCGCGAUGACCAUGUGCAAUAUUGAGGUGCUCUUCUAUGUGCGUCUGCUUUGGAGCGGCAAAGUGAGCGAGCUGAAUGCGCUCAAUGUGUUGGCGACAUUGCAGAUAUUUGUUGUAAAUGUACUGGACUUUUGGUUGACCAUAACAAUUUGUGAGCUGGCGUUGGUGACGUCGCGUAGCACGCAGGAGUUAUUACGUAACUUCAAUGGGAAACACGAAUUGUCGACUCAGUUGGAGCGGAGCUUGGAAUGCUUUGCCAUCAUCUGCAGCAGCAAGAAGUUGCGAUUUCAUAUGUGCGGGCUAUUUGACAUUAAUCACUCGAGCGGCCUAAAGGUUCUGCUGACAAUGAUACUAUAUCUUAUAUAUUUAGUACAAUAUUAUCAUAAGAAUCUGUAG